AUGGCGAAUAUUCAGUAUCAGCCUUCCCUUGACUUGACAGAAUUCCCUCUCGAAAAGAUUCACGAUCCCCGUGAUGAAAAGAUCACACGUACAUUAUUACUUUCUCGUCAUGCCACAUCUGUCUUUUUACUCACAAGCCUUUACGAGAAAUUAUUCAAUAGCUUAUUGAGAAUAGAACAUUCACUUGGUGAUGGUUACUAUUUCAUUGAUUAUCAUAAAGCUAAAAUCAAUGAUGAACAAAUUUCAAAGCUUGAAACUGAAUUGCACGCAAUUCUCCAAUCAAGCACGCCAAUCGAGCUUAAUACAAUGCCUCGUGAUGAGCUUAUUGCUUAUUUCUCAUCAAAAGGACAUCAAGAUAAAUUAGGUGUCCUCAAAGCUUGGCAGGAUGCAAAUAUUCCAGUUAUCAAAUGCGGAGAGUUUUUAGAUUACGUUAUCGAACCUGUCUCUACAGAAAAAUCUGUUUUGGAUGUUUUUGAAAUUCGUCCUUACAAUGACGGCAUCAUUCUCAGACUUCCAACAAUGCUUAAUCCCACAGGCAUCAAGGAAUGGAAGGACCCAACAGUCUUGCAUGAUAUGUUCAAGGAAUACGGCGAAUGGGCAAAACUCUUAAAUGUCGAAAACGUCUCAAAGCUCAACCAAGCAAUCUUUACAGGUGAAAUCAAGGAUAUCAAACUUGUCGCCGAAGGUCUUCACGAAAGAAAACUCGCCAUGCUUGCAGAAAAACUUGUAUCAAACUUUGAUAAGAAGAGAGUUAUCACUAUCGCCGGUCCAUCUUCUUCCAACAAGACUACUUUCGCUAAGCGUCUCGAUAUUCAGCUCCAAGUUGCUGGUUAUUCCUCAACAAUUAUCGAAAUGGACGAUUACUUCCAAGAUGGCGACAAAAUACCUUACGGUCCAGAUGGUCUCCAAGAUCUUGAACACAUCUCUGCUAUGAACGUUGAUCUUCUUGCAGAGCGUGUUCACAAAUUAUUGGCCGGAGAACCAGUUCCUGUUCGCAAGUACAAUUUCAAGCGUAGCCGUGGUGAAGAUGAUCCAAAGAAGCGUAUUUUCCUCGAACCAGGCGCUUUCUUGAUCAUGGAAGGCAUCCAUGGUCUUAAUCCAGAACUUCUUCAGCAUAUCGGUACAUCAUCAGUUACUCCAAUUUAUGUUAGUGCACUUACGCCAGUUAAUAUCGAUUACAAUCAUAGAUAUCCAACAUCAGAUCUCAGAUUAAUCCGUAGAAUCAUCAGAGAUAACCAAUUCAGAGGCUGCAGUGCCAGAAAGACACUUAGAAGAUGGACAUCAGUCAGAGUUGGCGAAGAAAGAAACAUUUUCCCUUAUCAAGGAAAUGCCGAAAUGUUCUUUAACUCAACAUUAGUUUACGAGUUACCAGUCCUUUCUGUUUACGCUCGUGUUCUUCUUUCCGAAGCAACAAUGCCAGCAGAAGAUGAAGAUCCAAACACUGAAGAAUGCAAAGACGUCACCGCUGAAGCAAAGCGCCUUCUCAGCCUUAUCAACAUUUGUUAUCCACUUUCUCCAGAGAUUGUACCUCGUAAUUCUUGCAUUCGUGAAUUCAUCGGCGGCUCUGAGUUGAAGUAUUAA